AGGCUCCGGAGGCAGAGCCGCGGUCACACUCAGGCAGGCGGCGGCUCCGCUCACAUCCCCUGUCAGGAGCUCUCGGCACCGGACUCCUCCACAGCUGCGGGCGCUCAGGAGUCCGAUCAGGGCGCCGCGGGACUCACCAUUGGGAUUACUGGGAUACUGGAGAGCGGGCACCGGGCGCGGGCUGGAAGAUGCUUCCCCCUCCUGAGGGGGUCGGAGAGGAGCCGCAGGAGUCCGCCGGGCACCGACCCCCUGCCGCCGGCCCGGCGCUCACACCCGCACCCCUGGAUUGAGCAGCCGCGGGACCCCCCGACACGGGCUGGAUUUCUGGGUUAUUUUGGAUGCAGAGAGAAGACCCCGGUCCAUGAUGAGAAGUAGGAGAGGAGAGCAGGAGCCCAGGUCCAGAUGUUGGAGGCUGGAGCAGAACUUCCAUCGAGAAAGGACCUUCCAGUAAGAAGAGGCCGACGUCUCACCUUCAGGAGAAGCUCUGCGCCAAAUCCUGCUCAGUGUCACCAGCUUCAUCCCUGGGAAGGAAAAGAUAAUUCCAGGGUGGUCCCCAUCAAUGGCCGGCAGUGGUGGAGCAUCCCUGCACCUUUAGCCGGACACAAGCACAUUAAAUGCUGAGAUUUGCACUCCUCCUUCUUUGCUUUUGCACCUCUAGUUUUAGCAAAGGCCUUUUAUUUUCUCCAAACCAGAAAUGGGCCUGUGGACUGUACUUUGGCCCAUGGACUGGGUGUCGUUUUUGAAGUCGUGGAUUGUUUUUGCACUUGGGCUAUCCAUGCAGAUGACGCUCUCCAGGGCCUGCCCCACCGUGUGCCGAUGCGACCGGAACUUUGUCUACUGUAACGAGCGGAGUUUGACCUCAGUGCCUCUUGGGAUUCCGGAGGGUGUAACAGUGCUCUACCUCCACAACAACCAAAUUAACAAUGCUGGAUUCCCCGCAGAACUACACAACGUCCAGUCGGUGCACACAGUCUACCUGUACGGCAACCAACUGGACGAGUUCCCCAUGAACCUCCCCAAGAAUGUCAAAGUGGUUCACCUUCAGGAGAACAACAUCCAGACCAUCUCCGCGGUGGCACUGGCUCAGCUGUUAAAACUGGAGGAGCUGCAUUUAGACGAUAACUCCAUCUCCACCGUCGGCGUGGAGGAUGGAGCCUUCCGGGAAGCCAUCAGCCUAAAACUGCUCUUCCUGUCCAAGAACCACCUGAGCAGCGUGCCAGUCGGACUUCCCUUAGGUCUACAAGAGUUACGGCUGGAUGAGAACCGCAUUGCUCGCAUUUCAGACCAAGCCUUCCAGAACCUGACCAACUUGGAACGACUGAUUCUUGAUGGCAAUCUCCUGACCAACAAAGGGAUUUCUGAUGGCACCUUCAGCCACUUACCCAAAUUGAAGGAGUUUUCCGUGGUACGCAACUCCCUCACCAGUCCUCCCACCGAUCUCCAGGGCACCUAUUUGGUAAAGUUGAACCUCCAGGACAACCAAAUCAACCACAUCCCCGUGUCAGCGUUUGCCAAACUGCACAAGCUCGAGAGAUUGGAUAUUUCAAACAACCGGCUCCAAGUGUUGGUCAAGGGAGUCUUUGAUAACUUAACGAACCUGAAACAGUUGACUGCACGAAACAACCCCUGGUUCUGUGACUGCAGCAUCCGAUGGGUGACCGAGUGGCUUAAAGCUCUUCCAGCUGCUAUUAAUGUCCGUGCUUUCAUGUGCCAGGGCCCAGAGUAUUUCCGGGGGAUGGCCGUCAGAGAGCUCAAUGUCAAUCUUCUCUCUUGUCCAACCACCACUCCUGGCUUACUUCCUGUUACCCAACCUCCUCCGACUAUGGCUCUGACCACCCUUCCACCAACUGUCUUCAUGCCUACCCCAACUACUACAGCUCCUACAGUCCCAACACCGACCCCAUCACUAGUACCCACGACCGUGCCUGAGCCAAAAAUAGUGGUCCUAGAGAAGGUCACCCCACCCGCCCAAGAACGCUCGCCCAUCCAGCUCUCCAUCCGUUUUAUAAAUGACACGAGCGUCCAGGUCAGCUGGUUGUCCUUUGUUAGCGUGGUGUCCUACAAGCUGACGUGGGUCAAGAUGGGGCACAGCUUGGUGGAGGGGGUUGUACAUGAGCGCAUAGUGAGCGGGGAGAAGCAACACUUGAGUUUAUUGAACCUAGAACCCAAGUCCACCUACAGGAUUUGUUUGGUUCCCUUGGACGCUUUUAAUAACUACCAAGCAGGAGAAGAGACUGUCUGUGCUGAGGCCACCACCAAAGCUUCCCUGCUCAACAAUGGCAGCAACAGUCCCUCCAGCCACGAGCAGACCACCACCCAGGGCAUGGGCUCGCCAUUUCUGCUGGCCGGGCUCAUUGGGGGGGCAGUCAUUUUUGUACUUGUAGUUCUCCUUAGCAUCUUCUGCUGGCAUAUGCACAAAAAGGGUCGCUACACAUCUCAGAAAUGGAAAUACAACCGCGGGCGCCGGAAAGACGACUACUGCGAGGCGGGGACAAAGAAGGACAACUCAAUCCUGGAGAUGACGGAAACCAGCUUCCAGAUCGUCUCCUUAAACAAUGACCAGCUCCUUAAAGGAGGUUUCAGACUGCAGCCCAUUUACGCCCCAAAUGGGGGCAUCACUUACACAGACUGUCACAUCCCCAAUAACCUGAGGUACUGCAACAACAGCAGCGUUCCAGAUCUGGAGCACUGCCACACGUGAUAGCGCGACGCUCGGGGCUACGGCCCAGUCGCCAGACCGGAUGGACGCACUCGUAAAACAGAAGGCAGACCCAGAAGCCCCAUUUACAUUUGAUAAAUGUUAGCGCGGUGCGUUUGGGCAUCGGAUGCUGUGUAAUUUAUACGGUGUACUAUAUAACAAAGUGCUAUCUUUUCUA